AUGAAGACUCUCGCGGAGGUAUACAAACAGGCUUCCCGCACAGGCUUCCCCGCACAGGCUUCCCUCACAGGCUUCCCCACAGAGCUUUCCCGAACAGGCUUCCCCACACAGGCUUCCCCGCACAGGCUUCCUUACACAGGCUUCCCCCGCACAGGCUUCCCAGCACAGGCUUCCCCACAGAGCUUCCCCGCACAGGCUUCCUUACACAGGCUUCCCCGCACAGGCUUCCCAGCACAGGCUUCCCCACAAAGCCUUCCCGAACAGGCUUCCCCAGCACAGGCUUCCCCGCACAGGCUUCCCAGCACAGGCUUCCCCACACAGGCUUCCCAGCACAGGCUUCCCCGCACAGGCUUCCUUACACAGGCUUCCCCACAGAGGCUUCCCCACACAGGCUUCCCCGCACAGGCUUCCCCACUGAGGCAGGCUUCCCCACAGAGGCUUCCCCACACAGGCUUCCCCGCACAGGCUUCCCAGCACAGGCUUCCCCACACAGGCUUCCUUACACAGGCUUCCCCGCACAGGCUUCCCAGCACAGGCUUCCCCACAAAGCCUUCCCGAACAGGCUUCCCCAGCACAGGCUUCCCCGCACAGGCUUCCCCGCACAGGCUUCCCCACACAGGCUUCCCAGCACAGGCUUCCCCGCACAGGCUUCCUUACACAGGCUUCCCCACAGAGGCUUCCCCACAGAGGCUUCCCCACAGAGGCUUCCCCGCACAGGCUUCCCCGCACAGGCUUCCCCGCACAGGCUUCCCAGCACAGGCUUCCCCGCACAGGCUUCCCAGCACAGGCUUCCCCGCACAGGUUUCCUUACACAGGCUUUCCCACAGAAGCUUCCCCACACAGGCUUCCCAGCACAGGCUUCCUUACACAGGCUUCCCCGCACAGGCUUCCUUACACAGGCUUCCCAGCACAGGUUUCCUUACACAGGCUUCCCCGCACAGGCUUCCUUACACAGGCUUCCCAGCACAGGCUUCCCCGCACAGGCUUCCUAGCACAGGCUUCCUUACACAGGCUUCCCCGCACAGGCUUCCCCGCACAGGCUUCCCAGCACAGGCUUCCCUGCACAGGCUUCCCCGCACAGGCUUCCCAGCACAGGCUUCCCCGCACAGGCUUCCCAGCACAGGCUUCAUUACACAGGCUUCCCCACAGAGGCUUCCCCACACAGGCUUCCUAGCACAGGCUCCCUUACACAGGCUUCCCCACAGAGGCUUCCCUGCACUGGCCUCCCUACAGAAGCUUCCGCGCACAGAUUUCCGUGCACAGACUUCCCCGCACAGGCUUAACCGCACAGGCUUCCCAACACACAAAGUCAGCGCUGAAGCUUCCUCUGAUCGUAAUACUCGCUCGACAGGGUUCUUGAUCAAUGCAAUCUGA